AUGAGUCGGGACAACCAGCAAGAGGCUGUUUCCAGAGGGUGGCGAGUUUCUCUCUCCAAUUCUCUCUCCAACCACUCCUCUAUCUCUCUCUCUCCCCCUCUUUCUCAACCAGGCACAGCUGGAAACCACGCAAGUUUGUUCCGCAAAUUUAGUCUGCGACCAUGUGGCCUGGAGACGAGCAGCAAGAGCAAGCCGGUGCACGACGACUACUGGAGUGAAGUUGAAGGCAUCCCAGGGAGUCCCAACGCGAAGGCACUUGUACAUUGA